GUUUCGCGUGCACGUGAACAUUUCGUGCACUUCGUUUUUGGGUCAGUCGUUAGCGCGCAGCUUUGGCCUGCCGAUGGUUCUUGCGCAGUGGAGUAGCUCGCUGUUCAAAAGGAUCCGCCUCUCCCCGCAACAGCAGCAGCAACAGCAACAGCAGCAGCAGCAACAGCAGCAACAGCAACAGCAGCAGCAACAACAGCAGCAGUAG